CGUUUGGGGCAAAAUUCUCUCCGGGGUCUGUCCCGGCUUCCGGCACCAGGCCUUGCUCUUGAGACAUUAAAGAGAACGGGCGCCAGCGGCCAACCGGCCCCGACUGGCCGUGCGGAUGUAUUACAAGUGGACGAAGGGCCAUCUCACUGUCUGUGGGUGCUUCAGGCAUCUUUGGAAGUGGAGGCAACAGUGAGAAAGAGAAACUGUCCCUGCAGGACAUCGCUGAGCUGAUCCGGGUGCGAGCGUGUCAGAAGGUGGUGGUCAUGGUGGGGGCUGGCAUCAGCACACCCAGCGGCAUUCCAGAUUUCAGAUCUCCAGGGAGCGGCCUCUAUAGCAACCUCCAGCAGUACAACAUCCCAUACCCCGAAGCCAUUUUUGAACUGGAAUUUUUUUUCCACAACCCCAAGCCCUUUUUCACUUUAGCCAAGGAGCUGUACCCUGGAAACUAUAGGCCCAAUGCCACUCACUACUUUCUCCGAUUGCUUCAUGACAAGGGACUGCUUCUGCGUCUCUACACACAGAACAUCGAUGGACUUGAGAGAGUGUCUGGCAUCCCCACCGCGAAGCUAGUUGAAGCUCAUGGGACCUUUGCUUCAGCCACCUGCACAGUCUGCGGAAGAUCCUGCCCCGGGGAGGACUUCUGGGCCGACGUGAUGGCCGACAGGGUGCCCUGCUGCCCAGUCUGCACUGGCAUUGUGAAGCCUGAUAUUGUGUUCUUUGGGGAGCCACUACCCCAGAGGUUCUUGCUGCAUGUGGUUGAUUUCCCCAUGGCAGAUCUGCUGCUCAUCCUAGGCACCUCCCUGGAGGUGGAGCCUUUUGCCAGCUUGUCUGAGGCUGUGGGGAGCUCAGUGCCCCGGCUGCUCAUCAACCGGGACUUGGUGGGACCCUUUACUUGGCGACCUCGCAGAAGGGAUGUGGCUCAGCUGGGGGAUGUGAUUCACAGUGUAGAAAGGCUGGUGGAACUUCUGGGCUGGACAGAAGAAAUGCAGGACCUUGUCCAGCGGGAGACUGGGAAGCUGGAUGGACGGGACAGAUAGGAGGGUGAUGGUUGCCGCAUGCAUGAGCAAUGGCAACAGGAGAGACUCACACCUCAUUUCUAGUGAGACCAUAUGCUUGCAGACACCUUGGUAGGUUCACAAAAUUUGGCCAAACCAGGACAUGUGACCUGCAGACACAGUGGACAUCUGAGGCUGCCCUCAGACUGUAUUGCAGGUAGGGUGGUGUUUAUACUCAGGAACACCCAGUCACAGAUGGAAAGGAACUGCAUGGCCUGUUUGCUGUGUCCAGUUCUUCACCGGUAGAAGCUCUUAAUACAAAAAGCUUUCUUCUGAUGGUGACCUUCUUGAACUGACAGACAACUGGAAUCUCAGACCUGAUUUGCUUUUACAGUGCCUAGAGCUUAGCAGCCCUCCCGGGGCCCUGGUGAUGUACCGGGUCUUGUAGCAUGCUGGUAUUUGCAGUAGGGUUAUUUUUAAUUAGAGAAAGUCUGGAGCAUGAAAUAAAUUUUAGUAUUUAAACAAUGGCA